UGCGCUUCGUCCGAAAUAAGUGUUAAGAAGCGUUGGCAGAUUGCACGUGUGCCGCUCUGGCACUGGUAAUUUGUUAUUUUCCUUGUUUUAUUUUCGAAUAAUCCGGCAAAAUGACGGCCUUAGAGCCAGCGACGAAGAAAAAGCGCAUAUCGAAGAAGAACAAAUCGGCGUGGCGCAAGACAGAUAUCCAGGAUGUGGAGCAAUUUCUCGAAGAUCAGCGCCAGGAGGAGCGCAUUGGGACAUUCACGGACAAGCAAGACGAAGAACUGUUCGUCCUGGAUGCCAGCCCGCAGAAAACAACCAAGUCCACCGUCCUGAGUGUGAAGCAAAAGAGGAAACUCAACGCCAAGAAGCCCAUGCGAAGCCACCAGGCACUGGUGAACACAUCCCGUGUCCAAGAUCCCAUUGCCAAGCGCAACCAUGUGCGCCAGAAGAAGAACGGACGCAACAUCGAGCUGGAGGUCUGCAAUCCAACCAAACCACGCCAUCGCCAGGCCAACAGCGAUCGUGCCCAGUACUACGAGAAGCUGGAGCAGCGGCUGGCGGACAAGCGCAACAAAAAGGUGGCCAUCGACAAGGACAUCUGGCAGGAAGUGGACUUCCGCGACGCGAUUCCCGGGCUGAAGGACGAGAAGGGCUGGAUCAGUCGCGAUUUGGCCCUGCACACGGCCGGAAACAUUGGCAAGAAGGUGGUCAAAACACACGCCAGUCUGCACCACAAAACCACCAAAGCCAAGAAGUUCGAACUCCCGCAUCCAGGCAUGAGCUACAAUCCCGCGCCGGAAGACCAUCAGGCGCUCAUCUCGGAAGUGGUGGAGCGCGAGGAGGGCAUCAUCAAGAAGGAGCAGCACCUGAAGCGCGUGACCACCAGCAUGUUCUCUAAGGUGACGCCCGAGGAGCGGGACCGACGUCGCCUCGAGGAGAUGAGCCAGGGCAUUGAGGACGAGGAGGGCGCCGAAAAGAGCACAGAGAACGCGGAGGAGGAUGCGGAUAAGCCCUACCACACAAUCAACGCCCCCGUGGAGAACAAGAAGAAGAGCAAGCAAGCCCGCCGCAAGGAGCUCAAACAAAAGGAGCUGUCGCGCCAAACGGAGCUCAAGCGGAAGCUCAAGCAACAGACUGCUGACCUGAUUCGCAUCAAAUCGAUUCGCCACGAGCUGGACGAUGAGGAGGAGGACCUGAACGACCUGAAGAAGCGGCGCAAGCAGCGCGCCGAGAAGGCAAAGUUCGAGCCGAAGCGCCUGGGGCGGCACAAGUUCGAGGAGCCCGACCUGGAUGUGAACCUGCCCGAGGAUUUGGCGGGAAAUCUGCGCAACGUGAAGACAGAGAGCAGCCUGCUAAAGGACCGCUUCCACACGCUGCAGCGCAACAACAUGCUGCCCACGACAAAGCUGGUCAGCCGCAAGAAGGCCAAGGUCAAGCGAUUCGAGCGCAGCAGCCACAAGGAGCCGGGCGUCAGCUAUCAGGACCUCAAGGAUCGCCGCCGGGCGGCCGCCGCUGCAGCCAAGGCGGCUGCCGAUAUCAAGAUAUAGAGUUCAGUUACUAGGUUU